CUCAUUCAUGCAAUUGAGUAUGCAUUUCCUCCUUCAACAUCUUUUCAUUUUUGAAAUAUUAAUCUAAUUUCAUUUCAAUUUUAUUCUGCAAGAAAGGACAUGAUGAGUGCUUCUUCCUCCAGACAAGUUGACAAGGAUGAACAAGAAGUGGAGGAACGAAAAAUCCACAAACCAAGGUGGCUUGAGGCUUUUCUGAGAAAAAUUUUCUUUAAUUCGUGCUCAACUCAUCCAUUCCGUAAGAAUGAGUUGAACAAGUAUUGUAUAAACUGCAAUUUGUCAGUUUGUCAAUACUGUAUAGCUUCAGGUCCUCAUCGCCAUCACAAAAUACUGAAAAUCUAUAGGCAUGUUUACAAGGAUGUUGUCUCUCUUGCAACUAUGGAAAAGUAUAUUGACACCUCACAAAUUCAGCCUUACAAAUGCAACAAGCGACUGGUUAUUUCACUGAAUCCUCUACCACAUUCUGGUUCAACAGCAAACAAUGAGACAUCAUGCAAUACUUGCAAAAGAAAAUUGACUGAACCUGAUUUAUAUCGCUAUUGCUCCAUUUCUUGCAAGGUUAGAGCUGUUUUAAAUAACCCUGAUGAUUCAACUCCUCCCUUCAUUUCCAUCCAGACUCCUCGUCCUCCCCCUCAGCAGGAAAAGAAAGAGGAAACUGUUUCUGAACCUCAAAAGCCACAAAAGAGGAAAAGAAAGGGAUCACCCCAUAGAGCUCCCUUCUUCUGAAACUCUCAAGUAUGUCACAUGCCCUUCAUCUGGAUAUGGAAGAUUCGAAUAAAUUGCAUCUUGGAGUUUAUUGACCCUGACAUUUGAACUAAUUAUUA